AUGUUUACGUGCUGUCUGGGCUGCUGUGGCGAUGCUGGCUCGGGACAUAUUCCCCUUAAAGAAAUGCCCACGGUGCAGUUAGACACUCACCACAUGGGCACAGAUGUCGUUAUAGUCAAAAGUGGUCGGAGGAUAUGUGGCACUGGAGGGUGUUUGGCCAAUGCCCCUUUGCACCAAAACAAGAGUUAUUUUGAAUUCAAGAUUCAAUCCACAGGUGUGUGGGGAAUUGGUGUGGCUACUCAAAAAGUAAAUCUUAACCAAGUGCCUUUAGGCAGGGACAUUAACAGCUUAGUCUUGAGGCACGAUGGCUCUGUAUACCACAAUAAUGAAGAGAAAAACAGACUGCCUGCAAACAGCAUCCCACAAGAGGGGGACAUUGUGGGAGUCACAUAUGACCAUGUGGAACUGAAUUUAUAUCUGAAUGGAAAGAACAUGCAGUGUCCCUCCUCAGGAAUCCGGGGCACUGUUUAUCCUGUUGUAUAUGUGGAUGACAGCGCCAUCUUAGAUUGCCAGUUUAGUGACUUCUAUCACACGGCUCCACACGGAUUUGAGAAGAUUCUAUUUGAACAGCAGAUCUUCUGA